AGAAUCUAAAUCAUAAAAUAAAUAAAUUACUCAACCAAGCAAUCAAUCAUAAAUAAGAAAGCUUAAUUGUUAUUUUAACAAAGUAGGAAGAAUCUAUUAGUUAUGAAGAUAUUAUCAAUUACAAUUCAAAACAAAAAAGGAUAAAUAUUGUUUAUGGUUACUUCUAAUAACUUUUCUCAUGAAUAAGGAGUUAGAUACUCUAAUUCUAUUUAUGAGUAUAUUUUAAGUGUUUCCAAAUAGGAGAAAAAAGUUGAUAAGACAAUAAUUAUAGAUAGCUCAAUUAUCUGCAUAUGCUACAUCAUUCAAGAGUUAAUAAUUCUAGUUCUAGUUCCAACAUCGUAAACACAAAUAGGCUUUGAAGGAGCUAAAAAGCUGAGCAGCUAUUUUAAAUCUAAUUCGAAAAUGGAAGACUUAAAUAAAAAAUAUAUUUUGAUCAAUUAAAUGUUAGAAGAUUUUUUGUAUACGAGGGAACUUAAUUUGAGUAAAGUGUUCUAAUUUAAGUUAUAAUAAGGAGAAAAGAUGCAUUAGAUUUAUUCUAAAUAAUAGGCAGAUUUUGAAGUUUUUAAUUCCUUUUUAGAUAUGGAUAACUCUAAAGAGAAUAAAGAAAUGAAAUCAAUAGCAAAUAUUCCAUUGAGAUAUUGGACUUAAGUUUAGUAAAAUAUUUAAAAAGUCAACUUAAUAGUUCAGUAGUCCAAAGAGAUAUCAAUUAAUGUUACUGCUGCUACUGAUAAUGCUAAUUAAACUUCUGUAUAAUCUAAAUAUAAAAAAAUAAUAGAACAAUAAAGAAAUUUAUUUUAUAGAUAUGCAUUUAAGCUCACUACAAAAGUAGCAACUCAGCCAAAAAGACCUUUAACUAAUUAUUAACAAGUUUCAAUGAUACCAAAGCAUUAAAUAAAAUUAGAUUCUAUUUCUUCUCAUGAUAUUCAAGGAGGUUACCAUCGUAAAAACAAUUCAGUUACUACUCAAUACAUGCAUUAUUAAAAAGAAACUAUAUAAAAUGGUAAUAUAAGUUAAACUCCAACAAGUGUAGCAACUGUUGACCUUUUGGAUAUGGAUUUUUUUUCAACAUCUUCAAAAUCAUAACAGCAAUAAAUAUAUAACCCAUAACCAUAAAUAUAGUAAAACAUUACACAUAGACCUGUGUAAAUUCCAAUAUAAAAAUAAGAAUCUAAUGUACUUGACUUAUUAGAUAGUGAAGAUGAAGAUGAAACUCCUACUACAUCUUAGGCUGCACCCAAAAUUAAUACAAAUAACUAAAUUUAUUAAAAUAAUAAUAAUAACAAUAAUUUAAUUAAUAAACCAAUAAAUUAAAAUGGUAUCAAUAACGGCUAAAUCAACACCACUCCUUUACCUAAUUUAUAAGCAUAACCAAAUAGAUAUAGUAGUAUUUUUGGAAACAAAGUAACAUAGUAAAAUCCUCUUCCCUAGAACACUUUGAAUUAAAAUGUAGCUCAAAACUAACAAAGAAUGUCAUUACCUGCAAAUAAUAAUAAUGCAGCUCAGCCAAACAUAACUCCUAAACCUCCAUUACAACCGAAUUAAUAAUAAAGCAAUUUGCAAAAGAAUGAUGUCAGCUUAAAAAUCCAAGAAAAGCUUCAAAUAAUAUAAAAAGAUAAUAACUUUCCAUAAGGAUUUUAGCUUAAUGGAUAAAUAACUGUUUAGGGAGAUUUCAAAGACGAUGUUGUUUUGAUAGAAUUAAAAGGUAAAAAUUGGGAUCCUUAAAUAACAAAGCACAGAGGUACUCCAAACACCUUUCCAUACAGGACGAAUAAAGAAAAUACUGCAUAUUAAAUAAAAGUUGACAAAUCUUCCUUGAGCUAACCAAAACCAGUGAUCGAUCUUCUUAUGAAUAGCUAGUUAAUUUUAAAAGCAUAACAAAUACCUUUAUUUUUUUUAUAUUAAUAUGAAACUAAAUAAGCAUAAUCAAUAAACUUUAGAUUUUAAUACAUGGUAAAUUAAAAGUGGAAUAGUUCUUUAUUUGAUGUGCAGUUUUACAUUGUUUUAGAUGAUAGAUUGAUAUUCAGUGAUAUGUAGCAUAACCCUUUUGCCUCUUCAUAUUAAAAUAAAACUCUCUUGUGGAAGACUUAAAAGUUGAACGCAAAUUCAAAAGGAAAUUUAUCAUUAACACUCCAUGGAAUAAAUUUAUAGCCAUAAGAAAUUCUUAAAUAUAUAAGACUCUGCAUGAAAUCAGAUAGUAUACUAGCGGAUUUAGAUGCUUAAAUGACUACUUUAACUCCUGGAAGAACUAUUCAUUAAGCAUAAAAAUAAAUGUUAAUAGAAUAUAAAAUUUUGCCAAAUUCAAAUUGA